CUCAUCCUCCCCCGUCAACACAUCAUCACCCACCUCCCCAUCCGUCCCAUCCCGCCAUCCCCCCAGUAUCACCAGUACGACGAAGACGCAGGACGUUGAACACACAUCGUAAACAGGGUAAUCGAGGUCGAUAGCCACGAUGAAGAGCACUCUCCUCACCGCGGCCGUGUUGCUGGGCGCGGCCCAGGCCGAAGUCCACAAGCUGAAGCUCAAGAAGGUUCCUAUUGAGGAGCAACUGAACGCUGUCCCCAUCGAGCACCAGGUCAGACAGCUGGGCCAGAAGUACAUGGGCACUCGUCCCAAUCACCAUGCCGAUGCCAUGUUCAACCAGAAGCCCAUUCAGACCGACGGCGAACACCCCGUGCCUGUUAGCAACUUCAUGAAUGCCCAGUACUUCUCUGAGAUUCAGAUCGGAACCCCUCCCCAGACCUUCAAGGUUGUUCUGGAUACUGGAAGCUCAAACUUGUGGGUGCCUUCCCAGCAGUGUGGCAGCAUAGCCUGCUACUUGCACACCAAGUACGACUCGUCAGCCUCUUCUACCUACAAGUCCAACGGCUCUUCUUUCGAGAUUCACUACGGAUCUGGCAGCUUGACUGGCUUCGUCUCCCAGGAUGACGUAUCCAUCGGCGACCUCAAGAUCAAGAAGCAGGACUUCGCCGAGGCCACCAGUGAGCCUGGCCUGGCCUUUGCCUUCGGCCGUUUCGACGGCAUUCUUGGUCUUGGCUAUGAUACUAUUUCCGUCAACAAGAUUGUUCCCCCCUUCUACAACCUUGUUAACCAGAAGGCCAUCGACGAGCCCGUCUUUGCCUUCUACCUUGGCGACACCAACGAGGACGGUGAUGAGAGCGAGGCCACGUUUGGUGGCCUUGAUGAGUCCCACUACGAGGGUAAGGUCACCUACAUUCCUCUCCGCCGCAAGGCUUACUGGGAGGUUGACCUCGAUGCCAUCUCCCUCGGCGACGAGACCGCUGACCUCGAGGGUCACGGUGCCAUCCUCGACACUGGCACCUCCCUCAACGUUCUCCCCUCCGCUCUUGCUGAGCUUCUCAACAAGGAGAUUGGUGCCAAGAAGGGCUACAACGGCCAGUACUCUGUUGAGUGCUCCAAGCGUGACGAGCUCCCCGACAUCACCUUCACCCUUGCUGGUUACAACUUCAGCAUCUCCGCCUACGACUAUGUCCUGGAAGUCUCUGGAAGCUGCAUCUCCACCUUCCAGGGCAUGGACUUCCCCGAGCCGGUCGGCCCUCUCGUUAUUCUGGGAGACGCCUUCCUCCGCCGGUGGUACUCUGUUUACCACCUCGGCAAGAACGCCGUUGGUCUGGCCAAGGCUAAGAAAUAAAUGCCUGCUCACAACCAAAUUUCUUGAGAACACGUCGAUUACUUGAAGGUUCAUACUCGGGGCGGCUGUAAUAUAUCUACUUAGGUAGUUAGUCUGGACACCGGUGCGAGAAUACCACUAGUAGCAUUUUAUGCGAUGAAUGUCUAUUUUUUAACGUGAGUUGUGUGAGAUGUAAAGCUCGCGCCGCUCCUCGCCUUUCGCAAUGUUAAUGUUUCGAGGCUGAAGGAUGUGAACCUGAGAGACGGAGCUGGUCAAAUGGAGACCGGUUGGGGCUGCCGUGCUAUCUGCAUACUUUUGCAAGUUGUACACCUCGACCGCGUUAGUGGUCCGAUUUCAGAUCCCCAUGGCUCUCACUAUAGAGCUCUCUUCUUGGGUUAUUUAUUACCAAGGAUUCAUCAAAGCUAGGUUCUAUGUGUUUGACGCAACUCCAGCUUCAAACCAUUUCAUGUGGUG